UUUGCGUGAACAUCCUCCGCCUCAAUCUUUUCCAGCAGCUGCUUCUGCAGGCGGGGAAAAUGAGUAGCAGGGCGUUGGGGCGACUUUGUGGGCAGGUCUUACAGAGGCACAGUUCCAUUCCCUUUGCCUAUCAUUGUAUCCAGUUGUCUCUGAAAGCAUCAGUGGUUGCUCGUUUGUGCUCUUUUCAGCACCCAGGCUGCAGAUUUCAUGGCACUAGUUCUCAUGAAGCAAGUGUGGCCCUUCAUAGUUUCAAAGUAAACAGCAAUGAAAGCUCUCAGAAGCUUUUGGAAGCUUGCACUACCUCCCAAGUGGAACAGAGAAGACCAGAUGGUGUGGACCACUUGAAUCAAAUCAAAUCAAAGCUAGGGAAGAUAGCAGAUUCGUUCUUGGACAUGGGAUUCAGCCCUGCUGAGAUAAAGGACUUGUUCAGCUUGCAGUCCAUAUUAUCACCUCAGUCCAUAUUGGCUGUAGUUUCAGAGCUGUUCCUCCUGGGCAUAAGUACCGAUUUCAUAUUGAAGGCCCUAAAGAAGAACCCUGAACUGUUAAGAAUGCCAGAAAAGCAUAUGAUGGCUCGUGCAGCUCUUCUGCGGAAAUAUGGCUUUACAGAAGGUAGCCUGAACCAUAUGGCAAAUAGUUUUCCAAUGAUCUUUACACUGCCUGCAAAGAGAUUUGUGGCCCUGGAACAGCUCCUCAGAGACAACUGUCUCUUCACAAUGGAGCAGAUAUCAAGAAUUUUACAGUUGUGCCCAUCUAUACUGCUAGAGGAACUAAGUGACGUGGAGUACCAGUUCCAGUUUGCAUAUUUCAGGAUGGGAGUUAAGCACAAAGAAAUUACGAAUUCUUGCUACUUCCAAGUACCACUGGAAAGGAUAAAGAACCGGGUCAUUUUCUUGGAGCGCUUGGGACGCUAUCAGACUCCUGACAAAAAAGGACAAACUCAGGUUGUCAAUCCCAAACUGAAAGCCUUAAUCAGAGCAUCAGAACAUGACUUUGUGACGAAAAUAGCCCACUCCUCUGUUGAGGAGUAUGAGAUUUUUAAGAAACUGCUGGCUCGUGAAAAGGAGGAGGAGUGGUUAGAAGAGGCAGGAAUGCAAAAUGAAGAGUCGGAUUCUGAGAAUGAUGCAGAAGGAUCUGAUUCAGAAUAAGGGUAUGACAUUAAAAAGUGUACAGGACUGGUAGAUCCUGCUCAAGUUUCUAGUCAGUUUUCUCAGAGAAUGAAAGUGUAUAAAAUGGAAAGGAAGGAAGGAAAGUAAACUGUAUUGAUUCCCCAGAGAGGAUGAACUUUGUAGUUAAUACCAAACUGUAGUCAGCCUAUAUAAAAGGAGAGAAGAACUUUUCCUUGUUCUCAUUUUCAUUUCAAAAUCUACAAUAAAAAUUUAUAUUAAAAAUUCUUGUGAUAUUAUUUCUAAUGCAGAAACACCAGCACUCACGGCAUGGGUGAUAAAGAGAUGUUAAAUUGUGACUGAAACACUGGAAUAGCAAUUUGCAUUUAAUUUUUAAAUAUUGCUGAAUGAGGGGCUUUAAAUAUUUAUAAAUCAUAAUUUGUGUUAUCAGUCAUACAUGUAAACGUUCUGUCCUAUGUCAGUUGCUUCAUCAGGUGCUAAGAAAUCACAGCCAACUCAUUCUGCUGAAUGCCAUUGUCCUUCUUGUCUUUUGUUAAUUAUGAUGACUUUUCGAUUCAGGUUUGAAAUGGAGAGAGAUGGAAGGUGUGUGUGAGUUAUUUUUAAGUGAAUUUGAGAUGCCUUUACCAAACUACAUCUUGGUUUUGAAGUAAAAUUUCUGAUGAUGGCACUUUCAGCGUAGUCAUGUAGGUCACAAGUUUGCUCUUUUUUUUGUUAGAACAGCAUAAAGAGGGAUGUACUGUAUAAGAGAAAACAUGCUCAAGAAAGUGAGAUCCCUGGGUAUCAAAACACCUUUGUUCAGAUAGAACACUAUUUUU